AUGUUCCGCAAUUCCAUUAUUUCCGGUUCUCUUCUUUUACUAUCCCUCUUGGGUAGUGUCCAAGCUGCCAUUGUCUCAAUCGGAACCGAUGUUGACUUUAAAUUCCUUAAAGAUCAUGGUGGUCUAACACCUAAAGCUGCCGCCGAGAUGACCAACAAGCACAUUGAUACGGAUACAGACUCAGCUCUUAUCGAAUUUUACGCAAGGCAACAUCCCCACGAAACCAAGUACGUUUACCUGUUCCAAGUUGAAGACCCGAUAUUCGUGGCUGCUUGGAUGGGCUAUUUGGCAAAGAAACACGCUGCACAGACACAAGGGACCGAACCUCCCGCUGGCUAUACAGCAGAUCAAUUGGCAAAUAUUGCUCAUUUACCUAUUAGGAGCCUCCAAGGGUAUUGGAAGGUCCAGGACGGAAAGGCAACGUAUAAUUGGAACGAUGAUUCGUUUCGGGUGCAAAAGGACCACCAGCUCAAGGCACUGCUAGACGGAGCUCACACCAAGACCUCGUAA